AUGGGUGAUCUUGUACGUAAUGCGUUCCGUGCCAAGGGUAUCGAUGAGGAAGUGGAGCAACUAAUCGCAAAUGCUAUAGUUCAAAGUUGGAGUGAAAAUUGUUCGAAAAGCCUGCCAGUAACGGAACGGAAACUAAAAGACAAAGCUAAUGAACCAAAUUUAGCCAAAGUUCGAAUUAUAGCCGAAUACUUGUGGAGGCGCUUGAAACAAAUUUAUAACGUUCAAUUACAAGCUUGGAAACAGAAUGAAGAAAAAACGAUAGAAGAAAUGAUUGCGAGACUUCGACAUGAAUAUAGAGAAAAUCUUCUAUUAAAACAGAAGCAACUGGAAGAAUUGGCAGGGCGUAAAGACGAUGAAUACAAGAAUAAGGAAGAUUUUUUACGGGAAGAUAUUCGCGUGAUUUUUGAGAACAAAAAACUAGAAUGUGAAAGGGCUUGGCGAGAGAUCGAAAUGGCACAAAAAGAGUUACGAUUUCAGAAGGAACUGUUGGAUAAUGCUCGAGCGAACUUUCAGUCGAAAAAAGACAACGAACUGUGUCUUAUAGAGCAAGAAAGAUGUUCACUGGAGCAGAUUAAGAAUGGUCUGAAAAUCUAUGAAAAGAGUCUUGAUCAAAGACUGCAGGAAGCGAUCCGAAAAGCACGCGAAAAGGACAGAGCUGAAAUAGCACAAAUGAUUUUUGAAUGGAAUAAAAAAGAAGCAGCAUUAUCAAAGAAAUAUGAAAUAAUUUGGGGUAAAAUAUGUGAAAUUUCCAGUGGACAGCAAUUUUCUGUUGAGGAAGCAGAACGUUUAAAGAAAUUGCAGGAAGAAGUGACUCAACAACAGAAGAAGCUCACGGAAAAUAAGCAAGUUUUAUAUGAUGCCUUGCAUAAACAACGCAAGACCAAUGAAGAUUUGGAACGCGUAAAAAAAAAGAACGAGAAGUUGUAUGAAACGAAUCAGAAAUUAAUGGAAAAAGUGGAAAAACGAAAUGCAACAAUCAGUAGUUUAAAAAAACAAUUAAAAUUGCUAGAAGAAUCGGCUGCCUUACGUAUCAGUGAAUUGAAAUUUCAGCACAAAUUGGCUAUAGACAAACUACAAGUGCUGAGUGCGGAACUACACAGAUACUACCCCAAUGCACUCGAGAAAUUUAAGCAACCCCGAUCCAGUUCUCAUCCUACCACACCAGUAACAGCCAGGAUGACAAGAAUCGAUUCCACUUCUUCAUCAACUCUUACGGAGUCAUCAUUCGAGCACCAUCUCCGUGAUAGAAUGAAAGAUUUGAAUUUUACAAAACAGAAGCUGGAUUUUGCGCUGGAGAAAUUACGCGAAAGAAAUCAUUCGCAGCCUCUUGAUUAUAUUCAGUCUAUUUCUUUAUCAUGUACUGAAAUCAGUAAGCUUGAAAAACCAGCGUCCAGGAAUUCAUCGAACCACGAUGCUAAGCGACUUCAAAGGGAUUCUUCGAUUAUCGAGACCAAUGCCGUUCAUGAGAAAAUGAUGGAAACAGAAAAUACCGCGCAUCUAAGUCUCAAGAAUGUUCAGAAUAGGGAAGUACAUGAAACAAGUAACUCAUCAGGAAAUCAUGUAAUUGAUCCAUCCACGACUUGGUAUAUGAAAAUGAUUCAAGAUCAAAGGGGAAAAGUGGAGCCAUUUCUUGAUCAGACGUCAAAGAAAGGAGAUACUGAAGUGCCGGAAGAGUUAUUUGUUAUGGAAGCAGGUGAAGGAUCGAAUAUGCCCAACACACCUAGUGAUUUCGACUGGUAA